GACUGAAAAUUUCUUUCGACAUCUCAAAGAAACGUGUGAGUUUUCUAAGGACGUUUAAUAUCAUCUUUCUUGCGGCCCAACAGUGUUGAAACACAAGAAAUUAGUGUUAAAAGUUAGUUAAAGUAGUGCUUUACAUUUUGAAUAAUUUUUACCCAUUCGUCACCCGCGAAUUAAUCAAAUAAAUCAUCAAAAAUGGCCACUGAAAUGGAAGACACUCAUUUCGAGACUGGAGAUGCUGGUGCAUCUGCAACUUACCCCAUGCAAUGUUCAGCAUUGCGUAAAAAUGGAUUCGUUAUGUUGAAACAGCGUCCAUGCAAAAUUGUUGAAAUGUCAACAUCGAAAACUGGCAAACACGGUCACGCUAAGGUUCACAUGGUCGGCAUUGAUAUUUUUAGUGGAAAGAAAUAUGAAGAUAUUUGUCCAUCCACCCACAACAUGGACGUUCCUCAUGUGAAACGCGAAGACUACCAAUUGACUGAUAUUGAUGACGGAUUUUUAGUCUUGAUGAGUGAUGGUGGUGACUUGCGUGAAGACUUGAAGAUUCCAGAUGGCGAAUUAGGUGUCCAGUUGCGUACAGAAUAUGAUGGUGGCAAGGAAUUGUUGUGCACCGUCUUGAAAUCCUGCGGAGAAGAAUGUGUCAUUGCUAUUAAAACAAAUACCGCUGCUGAAAAAUAAGUUCACCUUCCUCAUCAACUCCUUAUCCAAAAGCGUCCUUCCAUCAGGAGUUAUUUACCUUUCAAUUCUAAUUUGUUUAACUUUUUUUUAAUUGCUUAAUUGUCUUAAAUCGAGGGAAUAUUUUCUACACAUUUUUUGAGUUGCCUUUCUUCGAUUACAAAAAUGAAGAAAUCCGCGAUUGUAUGAGAGAUAAAUUCAUGGAUCAGUUGGACAAAUAUGCCCGGUUUUUACAUGCAUUGCAUCAUCUUCACUCCCUUUUUUCCUCCCCACGAAAUUCCUCUUCAACUUCAUGGAAGGCUUAAAAACAAACGAAGAAUACAUUCACAACCAACCAACAUUUAAUUAAAAAAAUUAAUAACAACAACAAAAAAUCAUAUUAUAAAGGAUUUACGAAGAAUUAUAAAUGAAGAAAAAAAAGCCAAUAAACUUGAUGGGUUUGAAAUGUGAAUCCAAAAAAAAUGGAAAACUAAUCAAAAAAUGAGCGAAAAUUUUAAAAUUUGCGAUGAAAUCGAAAACAUAAACAUAUUGUUCAAGAUGAGAUUUGCUGAUGAUAAAAAUUAGUAAAUGAUGACAAAUAAGAAUUGAAAUUUUGGCUCUAAAAAGAUUUUUUUUUGAAUGCAGGUGGAUUCUCGAUGAUUAAAAUAAUACAGUGUACAAUUUUUCAAGGUUUAACGAUACCUUGUAUCAGCAAUUCUCAUUCCUUGAAUGAAUUGUAAUCAACAAAAAAGAAACAUCAAAAGUAAGAAAAGAAAUAUUGUUUUUAAAUUACACUCUGCCCUUUUUUUGUCGAUUGAUUGAUACGAUGAAAAAAAUUAAGAAAACUUGAGUGGAAAAUAAAAAAAAGUUUCGCAUUUUCUUCAGUUUUCAUCAAUGAAAUAUCUAAUUUUUUCUUAAUUAUAUUACUACUCUGUGUCCAGGUCAAUCAUGCUAAUUGAAUGGCUUCGCAUACUUUUUGUUCCCUUUUACCAAUUAAGUCAGUACGUUGAAAGUUUUCCUUUUCCAUUCAAUCAUAUCCGAAGACGCAUUUAACGCUUUGAGAGAUAUAGGAAAAAAAACAAGGAAAUUGCUGGUUUUUUCUCUCAAUAGGGAGAACUCUCAGUUUCUUCACAAAAAAAGGAAGCUUUCUACAUCUACUAUGUUGAAUGAUCCUAAUUAAUGUAACUUCUGUUUUCUUAAAUAUGAAUUCUUUUUAUUUGUUUCAUUUUCAUUUUGACAUUUUUGAGCAAUAAUAAAGUAACACUUUUUGUUAGAAAUACGAAAUUUAAAG